AUGAUACUCCCGCAGUGAUGAAUCAAUGUGUCGUGGAAGUGAAACGAAUAGUGAUAGAAGACUACAACUUUCAUUCGAACAAUGAAAGAUGAAGAUUCUAAAAUGUUCACCACCAGAGAUGUUCGCCAUAUUUCUGCUGCAACGGGACGAAUAUAUUUCAUUCAUUAUCAGCUGUAGAGACGCUAUUUGCAAAUGAAUCUGGAACUUGAAAGCUAAAAAUGGAAGAUUACCUUCAAUCAGAUUUUAGUGGUCAACCGUUGACUUCUUGGGACUGUCUGAUGUUAUACAUCAGCAAAUGUUUCGUUCGUUUUGUAGACAAGCUAGGAGUUCUUCUGGUGGAUGCGGUAGCAACUGUGACCGCGUACAACGACCGACAUCAGCUGAUUAACUUCCGUUCGUUUUUUAUUUAUGUUAUGAUAGUCUUUGUCGUUUUUGCACUGGGCAAAAUAAGCAUGGCGCUUCUUUUUAUGGCGAUAGUUUGGCUGGCUGCAAGUGAGAAGCAAGUGAGUACGAGAAGGAAAAGAUCUGAUCUAAGAGAAGCUGUACACGAUGCUGAUCCCAGCACGCUGGUUUGGCUUGCACAAUAUCUCGCUGACAGAGGCUAUUUACACCCAAUUCAAAACAAGGUGAAAUUAGAAGAGGAGCGUGUCAAGUGGGUGAACAUGUUGCUUCGCCAGUGCUGGCCGCACGCACAGCCUUUCUUCCGGGACAAGCUGGCACAGCUGCUGGAGGUUGCCAACCAACACCUGCAGGAGCGAUCCUUUAUGGGGGUGCCGCUACAGCAACUUGUGGGCCUCAGGCUGGAGUCACUGCUGCUGGGCACGAAGGCGCCGGUAGUGCAGUGGGUGAAGGUGGUUGAGCACCCUGAGCUGGCGGGCCGCAAGGACCACUACGUCUUCGAGGCACAUAUCACGUAA